AGACUGCAUGAUGACAGCUAAUUUCCAGGCCCUUUGCAUUCACCCAUGAGUUGCAGCCACUAGAGGAGGCCGUAUUACGAGCGAAGGAAACGCCGCCACUCUCUCUUUCCUCUCCCUCUCUGUGUUAGCAUGGAAGGGGUGGGGUUUCCUACCAAGACAAUGCCAGCUGAACGGCAGUUGCUCCCCCGCCCCAUUACCACCACGUGGUUGAGCCCUGGCAAGAAACCUUGAGCUGUGCUUCCUGUGUGUGUCGGACCCAAGUGAAGACUGCUCCCUUUCUUUUUUUUUCUCUCUCUCUCCAGCUUUGGACUGAACCCUGGCCAGAUUUUUUUUGAAUUGUAGAGAAAGCUGGACAGUUCCUAGGAGAUAAACACAAGGACUAUUCCUUCUGGGGCGGAAGGUUUUUCAUGGAAGUCCUGCCACAGCGAAGAAUCCCUGGGAUAAGGAAGCAGUACCCGUGCCCGGACUGCGGGAGAAAUUUCCAGCGGAACUCUCACCUCGUUCGACAUAAAAGGCUCCACACGGGCGAGAAGCCCUUCAAAUGUCCUGACUGUGGGAAAAGUUUCAGGCAGAGUACCGACGUUAAUACACAUCGGAGAAUCCACACAGGGGAGACCCCCUAUCACUGCAACCAGUGUGGAAAAAGCUUUCGCUACAGGACGGGUCUCGUGAAACAUGUGAGGUGCCACAACGAAGAGAAGCCCUACAGGAGUUGCCUGGAAUGUGGGAAAAGCUUCAGCAGCACUUCGGAUUCAGUUGCUCAUCAAAGGUGCUACGUGGAGGGGAAGCCUUACAAAUGCCCUGACUGUGAUGAAAACAUCCAAGAAAGCUCAAAUCUUGUUGUGCAUCUAACAGUCCCCACAACAGAAGAAAUCUAUAUAUGCCCUGACUGCGGAGAAGGAUUCCGCUGCAGCUUUCAACUUAUUAGGCACAGGAGUCUCCAUACCAGAUUUCUGAUUCCUAACCCUAGUACGCUCUGCAGUCUGGAGCCUGGUGUGGUACCUCUGUACUCGGAUCAUCAGGAUGCAGAGGAAAGGGAGAGUCCAGGUAGCGUCUGUAAAGCUUGCGAUGACAUUGUGGUGAAGGAGCAUGGAAAGGAAGAUGUUUUUCCUCCUGCAAAAUCUUACCAGACGCUGCUGGGAAGGCUCCAAGGACUUAAUCCCCAAAGGAAGGAAGCCUUUAAGGAGAGGCCAAACUUUUCAAGGUGGCAGUGGAAGCAGCCAGGGAUAAGUGGAGGGGAAUCCAAAGAGGAUGGGAGCUCUGCCUCUCCUGGGUGUGAAAGACUUUUCCAGUCAGAGAGAAAGCACCUGUGCUUUAUGUGUGGGAAAAGGUUCCGCUUCGAAUCCCACCUUAUUGCACAUGAACGGAUCCACACAGGAGAGAAGCCCUUUCAGUGCAGUGCCUGUAAAAAAGGCUUCCGUGACCGGUCAGACCUAAGUAAACAUCAGAAAACUCACUCGGGAGAGAAACCCUACAAAUGUCUUGACUGUGGCAAAAGCUUUCACCGUCAGCUGACCUUCAUUAGACACCAGAGGCUUCAUCCCAGAGAGAGUGCCUGUGAACAGGGCCGUGUGUAUUUUGCAAUCCUGCCAUCAUACCGCACACGUGCAGAAAUGAACAUUGGGGGUGGAACUGAGCCUCCCGAGACCCUUGGGUUUCAUUUUAAACAAAAAGAUCCUAGUUCUCUCUGGACUCUGGAACUGGCAGAAGGGACAAAAGUAUACCUGGCUCCCACAGUGGAGAUGCACUGGAACCGUCAGAGCAGUGAGUGUUUUUCUAGAACUCUUUCCACCAGCAAGCCCUGGAGACGAGUCUGGCUAACAGCAGUUCAAAGAGCGGGCAAAACAAAACGCGGGCACCCUACUGUUGAAAGUUGCGGUGGCCACCAGAGGCUCUCGAUUUUGGUAGCAAAGCUGAGAGGAAGUUGCUCUCUCUUCCUUUUCUGCUCAGGAACAUCCUGGCUCAGAGUCAGCCACGCCAACCACGUCCUGAGCGCCGUUUUCUCCUCCGAUAGAGUUUGGCGAGAGGCAGAGAGGCUGCGGCGGCUGCUACUGGGCGCUGGACUGCCUCCUCUCGGCCCGACCGAAGUGGGAACUGAACCUCGCUGCCUGCCCAAGCCAAGGUUUGGAGGGAUCCCCAUGUUAGGAGGAGCUUUAAGGGGGAAGGCUCGGGUUUUGAAGUGUGCGAGCCCACAAAUUUUCAUGGCCACUGAACAGAAAAUGGACGAGACUCUUCAGAAGGAAAGUUCUGAACAGGAGGAACUGCAUAAGGCAAUAGCAGGGAUAUCCCAAAGGAACAGUACCCAAGUAGAUGAUGAUUCUGAAAAUCAACAGGGACCAGAAACACAAAAGAACAAGCACCCGGAAUCCAGAAGGCAGAAGUGUAUCUCUUCCCAAGGAGGCUCCAAAGAAAUGAGAAAACUGCCAGUUCGACAAAGAAAUCGGAUGUCAAAGAAACAGCAUCCAUGCCCUGACUGUGGGAAAGUCUUCAACAGGACCUCAGCUCUCAAUGCCCAUCGGAGGGUCCACACAGGUGAAAAGCCUUACAAGUGCGCAGACUGCGGGAAGAGCUUCAGCAAGAGUUCACACCUCAUUGCUCAUCAGAGAAUCCACACAGGUGAAAGACCCUACACCUGUAUGACUUGUGGGAAAAGCUUCAAUCACUCAUCACAUGUUAUUACCCACCAGAGAACCCACACAGGUGAGAAACUCUAUAAAUGUCUACAGUGUGGGAAAAACUUCCGGUACAGCUCUGAUCUCAUCAGGCACCAAAUUGAGCAUGCAGGAGAAAAACCCUAUCAAUGCUCUGACUGUGGGAAAUGCUUCAAUCGGAGUUCAAACCUCCUUAUCCAUCAGAGAAUACACACAGGAGAGAAACCCUAUAAGUGCCUUGAGUGUGGGAGAAGCUUCAGCUACAGCUCAGUCCUUAUCAAGCACCAAAAAGUGCACACUUCUGAGAAGCCUUAUAAAUGUCCUGACUGUGGGGAAGGUUUCCAUGUGAAUGCAAGUCUCCUUACACACCAGAGAGUACACACAGGAGAGAAACACUAUUCAUGCUCAGAGUGUGGGAAAAGUUUCAGAUGGAUCUCACACCUUACCAGGCAUCAGAAGAUCCACGCAGCAGCGAAACCUGUUUGAAUGCUCUAAAUACUGGGAGAGCAUCCACAUGUACUCAGAUCUUAAGUGAGAUACUUUUAUUUGUGUAUUAUUGGUCCAUAUGCCUCUUCACUAUCAUUCCUUUUAUCUCUUGUCUAAUUUUAAAUUGUAAGCCAUUUGGGGCAGGGAUCUUUUCAUUUUAUUUUUUUGUAAAGCUAUAUCUCUCUCUUUUAGGCACAAUAUCAAUAAUAAAACUCUUAAAUCCAACAGGUGACUUUUAACGGCUCAGGACAGGAUAGGGGUGACACAUAUUUGUAUUUAUUUUUUUAAUGUUUUCAAUUUUGUAUUUUAUAUUUGUUGCCUUCCUGAGCCUAAGAGAUUUAUUCAAAUAAACAUCUUAGG